GUAAAAACUUUUCUCUGUCCAAGUUCAAGCUCUUACUCCGUAAUCUAUCCUCUAAUAAUCUAGCCAUGGUUGUUGGUACAGUGCAAGGGAUCCAUACUGAGUUCCCAGACUCAAAUAGAACAGUGUCUCUCUUUAUGAUCAAUUCAAGACAUCCACUCAAUGUCAAGCCAUCUGGGAACUCGUGGUUAAUGAGAGAUAUCGACCCCAAGAUUCUUCCAAGACAUAAGCAAAUGGGGGAUCUUGCCGUUUUUCCUGAUGAAUUACUAAUGGAUAUCCUUUCAUUUGUUGAUGAUGAGAAAUCUCUUCAAAAUUUGUCAUAUACUUCUCGAAUCAUGUAUGCUUUCCUAUACGAUGAGGAAGUAUGGAGAAAGUUGUAUACAAAGAGGAUUGUGGAAAGUGGUAGUGGUGGACAAGAUAUCCAAUGGAGAGGGUCCUGGAGAUGUACCAUGCUUCAUAUCGAUAAUAAUCAUCAAGCAAACUUGCAAAUCCCCGACAAUUUACUUUGUUCAGACAUCUUGUACAGACCAUAUCAAUGUUCUAAUGUAGAUUAUGAUAAAGUAUUCCACAAGAUUGCCCAAGAGGAGGAGAAAUAUUACUUCACUUCAUUAGAGAACCCACUGAAUGUAUUGGAUAAAUUACCUAGAGGUAGAAUUCCUAGAGUACCAGAACAAUGCAUGACAUUGGAAAAAUUCAACACUCAAUGGCAUGAUAAACCAUUCAUCUUAACGAAUGGUAAUAAGGAAAGAUGGCCAAGAUGGGACUUGGCAGCCUUAUUGAGCCGGUUCCCCAAUGUAAGGUUCCGUCAAGAGGCGGUACAAUGGCCACUCUCGUUGUAUGCCCAAUAUUUGAACAACAACAAGGAUGAAAGUCCGUUGUAUUUGUUUGAUUGUAGCAGUGUAGCCAUGAAGACACUCCGUGAGGAGUACAAGCCACCGCAAGUGUUCCGGGAGGACUUGUUCAAAGUGUUUUCUGGAGGAGAUGAUCAAGCGGUUGUUGACGGUCAACUGGCUGUUAAUUGUAGACCUGACCAUGCAUGGUUGAUUGUUGGACCUAAACGAUCGGGAUCUACAUUCCAUAAGGAUCCUAAUUACACAUCGGCAUGGAACACGGCACUCACGGGGAGAAAGCUCUGGAUCAUGUUACCACCGGAUAUCACCCCACCAGGGGUAGGUACCGAUGAUGAAGAGAGUGAAGUGACAUCUCCUGUAGGAAUUGCUGAAUGGGUUAUUUCAGGAUUCUUCAAUGAUUGUCUCAAGAUUGAUCAAUGUCAGAUUGCCAUCACAUUCCCAGGUGAAUGUAUGUACGUGCCUUCAGGAUGGUGGCAUUCUGUCAUCAAUCUUGAUGAUAGUGUAGCGUUAACUCAAAACUUUGUACCACUUCCAAAACUUGCCAAUGCUUUGAAUUUCUUCAAGAAUAGAAGAGAACAGAUUAGUGGGUUUAGACCCAAGGAAGUGAAGGAGGCUAUGGAUAGUUUGAUAAACUCCACUACCACCGAGAAUGAAAACAUAGAGAAACUCAAGGAAUAUAGUGAGAAAUUUAAUUCCUUAGAACUCCGCAAUCAAAAUGAAGAUUGUGGAGAAAUUCUUUGUAGUGAGCUCCCACCAAUGCCGAUCUAUGAGCUUUUCAUAGAACUUCUUGAGCUGAAUGGUAGGGGCGAGGAAUUGGAACAAGCUAAGCUUCAACUUGCACGGAUGGAAAGGAAAGUCCAAGGGCCAGGGAAGAGUGAAGUUUGGGAAAAGUUGCAACAAGAAAAGAGUAGUGGAUUUUCUUUUGGAUUUGAUGACGAGAGUGAUGAAGAGUAGGGGCAUUGGGAGAGAUACUGGCUAGAAGAACAGGACCCGUUGUAGAUACUGGGACCAUGAGAUUAGGGCGGCUUGUGGGUCGCGCACGGGAGAAAGUAAUGGGGCCGUAAGACGCUCCGCUGGCCCCUGCUCGGGGAGAGCCACUGCGUGGUGCCUGGUUCCUCUACGAGGAGAGAAAGUUCUUACUUAACCGUCUGAAGAGAACCAAAAAGACAGGCACCAUUGGCAGAAAGAUAGAGAGUUUUAUAGACCGUGUAUAGAUAAUGGGACAAUGGAAA